AUGACUCUGACUCCGGAGGCAGCCACCGUUUUAAACCAAUCAAUCUCCGAGGCGGCGCGUCGUAACCACGGCCAAACCACACCACUUCAUGUCGCAGCAACUCUUCUCGCUUCGCCGGCGGGAUUUCUCCGACGAGCUUGUAUCCGAUCUCAUCCCAAUUCUUCUCAUCCUCUCCAGUGUCGAGCUUUAGAGCUCUGUUUCAGCGUCGCUCUCGAGCGUCUCCCCACCGCUACGGCGACUCCGGCGAACGAUCCUCCGAUCUCCAACGCUCUUAUGGCGGCUUUAAAACGAGCUCAAGCCCAUCAACGCCGUGGAUGCCCGGAGCAGCAACAGCAACCGUUAUUAGCGGUUAAAGUCGAGCUUGAGCAGCUCAUUAUCUCGAUUUUGGAUGACCCGAGUGUGAGUCGGGUCAUGCGUGAGGCUAGCUUCUCUAGUCCCUCCGUUAAAGCCACGAUCGAACAGUCCUUGAGUAAUAACCCGACUCCGAUUCCGAGCGUUUCUUUCCGACCCGGUGGAAGUCCGAUGACCCGGAAUACGUAUCUGAAUCCACGGCUGCAACAGUACUCGUCGGAGCAGUUAGGGCAGAGUAAUAAGAACGAUGAGGUGGAUCGGGUCAUGGAUAUAUUGGGUCGUGGGAAGAAGAAAAACCCGGUUUUGGUUGGUGAUUCGGAGCCGGGUCGGGUAAUUCGUGAGAUCCUUAAGAAAAUCGAGGACGGUGAAGUUGGGGAUUUAUCGGUGAAGAACUUAAAGGUGAUUCAUUUCGAGGAGAUCAGUUCCGAUAAGGCUCUUCGAAUCAAGGAAUUAGACGGGUUGCUCGAGACCCGGAUAAGGAAUUCGGAUAAGGUGAUUCUCGAUCUAGGUGACUUGAAAUGGCUAGUGGAGCAACCGAGCUCAACUCAACCUCCGGCGAGUGUCGCGGUGGAGGUUGGGAGAACGGCGGUGACGGAGCUACGGAGACUUUUGGAGAAAUUCCAAGGAAAACUCUGGUUUAUCGGAACCGCGACGUGUGAGACUUUUCUAAGGUGUCAAGUUUAUCAUCCAUCAAUGGAGACUGAUUGGGAUCUUCAAGCUGUGUCGGUGGCGUCGAAAGCUCCGGCGUCCAGCGUUUUCCCGAGGCUUGUGAACAAUUUGGGAUCGUCGGCUCAAUCAUUCACGCCGAUGAAGAGCUUUGUUGCUACGAAUAUGAAAUGUUGUCCACAGUGUUCGCAGAGUUACGAGCGAGAACUCUCUGAGAUUGAUUCAGUAUCUUCAGAGGUUAAAACAGAAGUAGCUCAGCCGAAACAGUUACCACAGUGGCUGUUGAAAGCUAAACCCGUCGAUCGUUUACCGCAAGGAAAGAUUGAAGAAGUGCAGAAGAAAUGGAAUGAGGCGUGUGCGCGUCUUCAUCCUAGCUUUCAUGACAAGAACGAUAGGAUUGUUCCGAUUCCUGUUCCUAUACCAUUGACGACAAGCUCUUACGGUCCCAAUAUGCUUCUUCGUCAGCCGUUGCAGUCUAAGUUUCAGCCCAAUAGACACUUGAAGCCUAUGAGCCCUUUGAUGGUGGAACAGGCGAAGAAAAAUAGUCCUCCUCCCGGGAGCCCGGUUCAGACAGAUCUUGUUCUUGGACGAACAGAGGAUAUGGAGAAAACUGAGGAUGUACAAGUUAGAGACUUUCUCGGGUGCAUAUCGUCUGAAUCAGUACAGAACAACGAUAAGAUCAGUGUUUUGCCAAAAGAGAAUUUUGAGAACUCUUUAGACAUUGAUUUGUUCAAGAAGCUGUUAAAGGGAAUGACCGAGAAAGUUUGGUGGCAGCAUGAUGCAGCCUCUGCGGUGGCUGCGACGGUUAGUCAAUGCAAGCUUGGGAGUGGGAAACGACGUGGUGCUUUAUCAAAGGGAGAUGUGUGGUUACUGUUUUCAGGGCCGGAUAGAGUUGGGAAGAGAAAAAUGGUGUCGGCUCUGUCUUCUCUUGUGUAUGGUACAAGCCCGACAAUGAUUCAACUCGGGUCGAGACAGAAUGGUGGAGAUGGGAAUCAUACUAUUCGUGGUAAAACCGUGUUGGAUAGGAUUGCAGAAACCGUUAAGAGAAGUCCGUUCUCUGUUAUCUUGCUUGAAGAUAUUGACGAAGCGGAUAUGUUGCUGCGUGGAAGCAUAAAACGGGCAAUGGAUAGAGGCAGAAUUUCUGACUCGCACGGCCGUGAGAUUAGUUUAGGUAACGUGAUCUUUGUUAUGACUGCGAGCUGGCAUUCCACAGGUACGAAAACAUCUGUCCCAGACAAUGAAGCGAAACUCCGGGAUUUGGCGAGCGAAAGCUGGCGUUUGAGGUUGUAUAUGCGGGAGAAAUUCGGGAAACGUCGAGCUAGCUGGCUGUGUAGCGACGAGGAGAGGCUGACGAAACCGAAGAAAGAACAUGGAUCGGGUUUAUCUUUCGAUUUGAAUCAAGCCGCUGAUAUGGAUGAUGGUUCACACAAUACAAGCGAUCUAACAACAGAUAACGAGCAAGAAGAACAAGGAUUUAGCGGAAAGCUGUCGUUACAAUGUGUUCCGUUUGCGUUCCAUGAGCUGGUCAGCCGUGUAGAUGAUGCGGUAGCGUUUCGGGCAGUUGAUUUCGGAGCUGUGAGACAGAAAAUAUCAGAUACAUUAUCGGAGAGAUUCACGAAAAUCGUAGGCGAAUCACUAUCAAUAGAAGUCGAGGACGAGGCGCUUCAAAGAAUUUUGAGCGGAGUGUGGUUAGGCCAGACAGAGUUAGAGGAAUGGAUUGAGAGCGCGAUUAUUCCAGUUCUGAACCAGCUUAAAGCUCGAGUGUCGUCAUCUGAGACUUACGGUGACCGCACGGUUGCUCGGCUCGAGCUAGAUGAAGAUUCCGGUGAACAAAGCGGCGGUGAUUUACUGCCGAAAAGUAUUACGUUGGCAGUUUGA